UGCCCUCGUCAAGUCCACGCUGCAGGUGCUAGAUCUUAGUGCGCCUGAUCGCCAGGCGUCUCCUGACAUCUAUCUCCUUUGCGUGCUUUCUUACAUUUCCUCACCGAGUGCGUUUUCUGCUUACCUUUUACAUUUUGCUGUUCUGCCGCCGUCUGAGGUACUGGAUCCCGCAGUCUGCCUGGCUUUGCAGUACCUCUUAAAGCAACAUCCUACUUUUUCCACUAUUUCAUCGCGGUACAUCGUUUCUGAUGGAUAAGACAUUUCUGUCAUGAUUUUUUUGUGGUUGCUAAGCACCAUGUCGUAGUAUUGUGGCAGUUAUGGCAACUCUUAGGAUUAGAGAAUUAUUUAAGGACCAACUACUGCCAGGAAGCAAUCAUUUGUAUUAACUCUUUGUUGAAGAGGCUAAUAACGAACUAACCAGAGGAGCCUUUAUUUCCCACCUCUUAUGCCCAGGGAUGCAGAAAUAAUGAGAUAAACAAAAUAUUAUUUUCACGAGUUUUGUUAUCGAAGUUGGGUUCAAACAAAUGAAACAACAGAGACAAUGUUCUGGUAAUGGAUCUACGACGGUCUUGUGGAUUUUUCGUGAGAAUGGAUUGAAGAAGACUUGAGAUAUUCCUUCUUUAUGAAUCUUUUCAUCGUAAGAUUGCAAACGUGGAGCGUUUAGAAAGAGCUGAUGACGGACCGAUUAAACCUUACUGUGCAUCAAAAGCACCAAAGGGUAUUGGAAACGUUUGGAUGGAAAUCAGGCAAAUGUUUAGACCUGUUUUUGGUUUUGUAUGAAACUGGUGAUUAGUAGUUGCUGUCGUCUAUGGGAUUUGUAUAUUUGUCAAUCAACAAUUGUAAGAAAAAAUGGAAAAUUUUCUCUGGGUUGUACGCCAGGCGAUUGGUCUAUGCAUUUUGUAAUCCUCAGAUAUAUCGAUAAAUUCCACUUGAAGUAUUCCUUUAUCUAAAUGGAAUUAGUUCAGAUUGAAGCCCCUUGUAAAAGGAACAGACAUGGUACAUGGGCAUAUUUUCCUUUACGUUGCAAGUCUUCUAAUGCUUGGGUUGUCUGGGACAACAAAGAAAGAAGCAGUGAAAAACAACUCAGGAGUGCAGCCAGCAGGACAGUGUGGGACCUGGGUGAAAGAAGCAGAAGGGGGGCUGUUCACCUCUCCCAAUUACCCCAACAAAUACCCCCCAGAGAGAGAGUGCAUCUACAUCAUUGAAGCUCCCCCAAGACAAUGUAUUGAUCUUUUCUUUGAUGAAAAGUAUUCAAUAGAGCCUUCGUGGGAAUGUAAAUUUGACCAUAUUGAAGUACGAGAUGGGCCAUUUGGCUUUUCUCCAAUAAUUGGACGUUACUGUGGCCAGCAAAGCCCGUUGUAUAUCAGGUCCAGUGGCCGGUACCUUUGGAUAAAAUUUGUGACCGAUGGUGAAUUAGAAGCCAUGGGAUUCUCAGCGAGCUACAACUUCACCGCAGAUCCUGACUUUAAAGACCUAGGAAUCCCCAAACCUCUGCCCCUGUGUGAGUUUGAAAUGGGAGGGCCCGAGGGGAUCAUCGAAUCUCCUCAAAUCACCAAAGAGGGCAAGGCCUUAGCCACGGAGGCCGUGGACUGCAAGUGGUUCAUCCGCGCUCCGCCCCGCUCCAAGAUCUACUUGCGCUUUCUUGAUUACGAGAUGCAGAACUCCAACGAGUGCAAGCGUAACUUUGUGGCGGUGUACGACGGCAGCAGCUCGGUGGAGGACUUGAAGAGCAAGUUCUGCAGUACGGUGGCCAACGACGUCAUGCUGUUGACAGCGCUGGGUGUGGUCCGCAUGUGGGCCGACGAGGGCAGCCGCAAGAGCCGCUUCCGCAUCCUGUUCACCACAUUCUCAGAGCCUCCAUGUGAUGCAGACACAUUCUUCUGUCACAGCAACAUGUGCAUCAACAACUCACUGGUGUGCAACGGCAUUCAGAACUGCGUCUAUCCCUGGGAUGAGAACCACUGCAAAGAGAAGAGGAAAGCAAACAUCCUGGACAAUCUGAACAACACCAACGGGACGAUCAUCGGUGUGACGUGCUGCGUGGUGCUGAUUCUGCUGGUGGUGUCCGUGGUGGUGCAGAUCAAGCAGCCGCGCAAGAAGUACAUCCUGCGGCGCGAGGACUUCGACCCCACCAUGUUCCAGGAGGUGUUCGAGCCGCCGCACUAUGAGCUGUGCACACUCCGCAGCGCCGCCGCGUCCGCCGACCUCGUCGACCUCACCGAGGACUUUGAGAACUACCACAAGCUCCGCCGCUCCUCCUCGCGCUGCAUCCACGACCACCACUGCGGCGGCGGCGGGGGCAUGGGUGGACUCGGUGUGGGCGGCAUGAGCCUGGGCAUGGGCAUGGGCAUGGGCAUGGGCGGCUCCCACUCGCAGCUGUCCAGCGCCAAGGGCAGCCGCAGCAACCUGUCUGCGCGCGAGGCCUCGGCCGCCGCCGCCAUCCUCAGCGAGCUCCCGCCGCAGCCCGUGGUGCGGCCCCUGCUCCCGCCCUCCACCGGCGGCGGCAACCGCCGCAGCAUCCUGGUGAUGAAGCACAGCUACUCGCAAGAGGCCGCCGCCGACCCCUGCGACCUCGACGACGACCUGGAGGAGGUGCCCACCACCAGCCACCGGCUGUCCCGGCACGAGAAGGCGGUGCAGCGACUUCUUGAAAAUAGUGCAAUCCUGGAUCAAUACGAACGAGCAUCAGUGACUUAUGAGCGUAUGGGACGGAGAUAUACACCAGCAUGACGGUUCAACGAGACUCUGUAGAAGCAUUGUUAUAAUGACCCUACCCAUGUACAUAGAAACUUUCAACAAUGGACUUCAAAAACAAUGAAAAUGACUUUUCUUUGUAAAAAGCCUUGAUAUUUUAAUUCAGGGAUGAAGUAUUCUAGGUGGUGAAGGUGUCUUUUCUUGUGGUCAUAAUUUUGGUCACAUUUUGUAGUUCUAGCAUUAUUGAACACACAUAUGAGUGUACAGCUAAAUUCAGCAACAGAUUUGCGAUAUUUCAAUUGUGUAUUGGCACAAUUUAAUAUUCAGAAGAAAGCUAAUCCAAUCUAUUUCAUUGAUGUUUCUGCAUGCUAGUCCCUCAUUGACCCAUCAAAAAAUAGGUGAUACGGAUGUGCUGUUGAAUUUCAUGCUAAUUAGUUGAACAGAUAGUCCUGCUAACAUGCAUAUUUUCUUCAUAUUAAUGAACCAAAUCUUGUUGAGACCUCUGCAUGCACAUCAUGUUUCCUGGGAGAGAAAAAAAACAUCUAACUUUUAGAAACUUACAUUAGCGUCCAAAAGGAAAUCAUUCCGGUAUAAAUGUUAAUAUUAAAAGACCGCACAUAGUCCUAGGACAUUCAUAAUAGAUUGCAUGUCUGUAUCCUCAGUAAAACAGUAAAAGUAUACUUUUUUUCUGCAGAAUUGUUGGUAUCUCUUUACUUAAACCCAGUAUCCAGACACAUUCAUUGGGGUUACAGACGAAUGGCUUAUUGAUGUCAGACUAUAAUGUAUAUUUAUCCACUUGUAAUGACUGCUCAUAAACUGUGAUGAUUUUAAAACAUAUAAACCCUGUGAGCUUGAAGUAUCAGAGUCAUUAACAAAGCUUAUACUUAUUGGUGGCACUGACUGAUAACAUCUAUACCUUAUAUCAAAUGCUCUUUAUGGAGCCAUAUGUGAUCCUAUGCAAAUUAAUAUCCCAUAAUUAUAAUUUGUUUGUAAACUCAUGUUAUGAGUGCAGAUUUAGAAAUAGUUACAUGUGUCAGUCAUUGUAAAUGUGUUUCUAUUGCUGCAUGGAUACUGGGUUUAAGUAAAGCUGUUACCUUUUUUGGCAUAGAGCAUUGUUGAGGUGCAGGGGUGCUGUAAUUUUCACAAAAGGUGAAGUGGAGCACACAAUUAUAACCAGUGCUUGCUACAUUUUAGUAGCAUAUACCUUUUUGUACAAAUAUUCACAUUUAUGAAAUGAGUCAGUCUGGCUUUGACCACAUCUGAGGCUAAAUUCAGUGCUUUGUAAGAAACAACAAUAAAACAGAACCAUUUCUUCUCUUCAUGUAUUCAUCAUUGGUCAUGUUAUGUUGUAAAACAGAAAACAGGCCGCAUAAAAGCAGAUAGCAUGGUGGAUGUACAUAUUAUUUCACCAGAUACUGGGAUAGGAGUCAUAAUUAACGUUGAAACAAAAUUAAUGUUGAAACAAUGAAACAUAUAUGCUGUGAUGAUAAUGACUUUUAAAAGCAUUCUGUCUUCAUUGUUAUCAUCGCCAAAUUAGACACUAUAUUGUUGAACAUGACAAUUAAAAUGUAGACAUGUGUCGGGAUCGGUGAAAGAAUAAACCAUACAAAUAUAAGUUAUAUACUUAAUCAUUUUCAUAGUCAUAUCAUGUCAGUCACAACUAAUUGACACAAUUAUAUAGACCUUUGUGAAACAUUAUAUUCAACAACAAAAUUACCAUGCCUUUCAGAAUAUGGAAGUGCACAAAACAUUGGUAAUGAAAGUGUCUGCUUUAUAUCUUAUUUUGGAUCUGAGAAAUGAUAUAAUUACUGGUACACAGAGACAUUUUUCAUCAAUUACAUGUGUUUAUCAUAUACUCAAUUCUCCUUUUAUCAUAUACUCUUCUCAAAGAAACGUUCGCACAGUCAAACAAAUAAAGCAGCCGGUUACUGUCUGCUAAUGGUUGACUUACAAUGAAAAUAGCUCAAAGGGUCUGUUAGCCUUUUUCUACUUGUUUUUACUUGUUAAUGAGUGCUCCUAAACAUACUGGAGUAAAAAAUAAAUAAAAGUAUAUUAUGGUAGUAAAAGCAUCCUUUAUGAGGCCUUUAUUAUCCUGCUUGAUUGCCUGACUUUAUGUGGUUCUGUGUUUGUGUUGUGUUGCCAUGUAUUUGUGUCCUUAUCAAUGCUGUCAUGAUUAUAUUCUAUCCAUACUAAGAUCCAUUCUGUAUGCAUUCAUACAAGGGAUUCAUUCAGCUUUCUUUGUGUCCUGGAUUAAGACAAACCUCAUUAUCAAACAGAAAGGGACACACAAACUGAUGUCUGAUGACUUUCUGUGUUUCUGGUUUAAAAUCUGGUCUGAUGCAUAUGUCAGCUGGUUUAUUAGCCAUUCUAAAUUACAAUAUGUUUUAUUGUUAUUACCCUGUAUAGUCAGAUAACCACAUAGUUGACAUCUCAGAUGAUUUCCUACAUCAAGCAUGAAUUGGCAGUCCUCUUGUGUCCUUUCUGGCAAGUCCUGAUCAGUCCUGGCAAGACUGAGGCUCUGAAUGACCGCACUCUUUUACUCUCAGAAUGUCUAUGCAACAUAUUCAUCAGUGGGUCAACUAAGGGCUACCUAAGGGCUAUAAGGAGAUAACUUGCUGAAGUGGACCUAAUAGUGUUUUUAUUUUUCUACAGGCAAUUACAACAUUUCUCUGCAUCUUGCCACGUGUGACAGCUUAUGGUGUUAACUCUCUUUCUAACACCCUCAUGCAUCUUGAAAGAACUGUGGCUUUGAGUAACUAGUAGCCUAUAUUGUGAUUAAAAUAGGUCUUCUGUGAGUGCAUUGGGUUCUUUCUCUCUCUGUGGUGGAGGAAGACCGGCAACUUCCAUGAUUUCUCACAAAGCAAAAACUGGGAAGUGACUGAACACUACAAUGUUGUGAGACUGGACUCACAUCCUUUUUUUUUUUAAGAAUCUACAACAACCUUUAAUGUACAUUUGCUCAUUGAGAAUAACAAAAAAACAGACAUGUCUUUUCACUUUUUAUUUCUUUGUCUAUUAAUUUGCAAACUGUAAAACUGUGUUGCUGAAAUGAAUUGUUUUGGAUACAGACUGCAUUUUUGUCACCCCCUCUGGAAAAGCCAUGAUGUUGGUGACUACUGAAUGGGAUUUUAUAACAGCUGCCUGUCACUGAACCCCAGAUUCUGAAACUCUGGUGAAGCAAAGUGAAUAAAAGAUGUCACAUAGUCCAAUGUCAUAUGGAGGGUUUAAGAAUCAUAGUGAAUGUUGAAUGAAGUCCUUGAGUUUCUUGCCAUCAAGAAAGGACACUAAACCUAUCCCGUUCACUGGGGAUGUGUUAGGCCUAUGCCCUUAAAAAAACAGUCACCUGCCUUUCACUGGGUAGGCUAUAGGCAAAUGCAAGUGAAUUAAAAUAAAAUAAAAGUGAUGAUAUCCAACUCAUCAAAUAUGUCACUACGGUGCUUUUCAGUAGCUUGUUUCUGGCCCAGAAUAAACUGUGUGUAUCAAACUGAAUUUAUUUGCUGGAAAUGGUGAGAGACUUUGAAUAUUAAGUGCUGGAAAGAAUGUUUUCAAUAAACUGAUACCAACUGAAAAUGAA